GGGACAUGUAGCUCAUGGAUGCCUAUCUACACCACAAACAUGUACAUGUUUUAUACCAAUCCUGUCCUGGAAGUUCUAGCUUCCUGCCCAGCCACUCGAGUUAUUAACCUUUUUGUUUCCCAUGGACUCCUGUGGGGAAAUUAUGUGAUGGAGCGGCCCAUGUUCAAUUCUUGCACACAGGCCCUUUCAAAGCUUGAUAGUGCUGAGUGAGGGAUGUCAGAAGAAACAAAGUCCUCUCACAGCAGAGUAUGCUCUGGUGGUAAAGAAGCUUAGCCCAAGAGAGUACCUUGAGACAGUAUGCUGUAUUAGUGAUGACUCUGCAGGAGAUGGUUCAGACUGCAGCCAGUCUAUAUCCUGAGAGAAGAGCAGUGUGCUUUGAUGAAAGCAACAAUAAGGCUGCUGUCAUCUAUACAUACAGGACAGUUAUUAAUUUGGCCACAAAACUUACAGAUUUCCUGAGGGAACAUUGCUGUCUCACUGAAAACCUUGAAAUAGGUCUCUACUGCUAUCCAGGGAUAGAUCUGCCGUCUUGGAUUCUAGGAAUUCUCCAAGUGCCAGCUGCAUAUUCUCCUAUUGAUGCAGAUGCCGUGCCAAUCCUGUCUGCUUCUUUUAUAAAGAAGUGUAACUUCCAAUAUGCCCUUGUAGAAAAAGACAAAGUUGAUAAAUUCACAGUUACACUUGGACACUUGUUCUGCCAGGAUUCCCUUGAAAUAGAUAAAGUUGGUUUGAUUCUUUUCCAAAGAAACUGCAGUAAUGUUGAUGUAAAUCUGCUGAGAGAUAGCGUAAAUGAUAAAAAUGGAAAUUCUUCAUUGACAAGUAACAGGGAGGCACCUAUCUUGGACCAACAUGAGACUAAGUCAUCGAAAGAGCUGUUGGAUGUCAGACAGAAACACUGCUUGGCAUAUGUUUUGCAUACAUCCGGAACAACAGGAACCCCCAAAAUUGUCAGAGUGCCUCAUAAAUGCAUAGUGCCAAAUAUUCUUCAUCUUCGCGAUCUAUUUGAGAUUACUCCAGAUGAUAUGGUGUUCAUGGCCUCUCCCUUGACAUUUGAUCCAUCUGUAGUUGAACUGUUCAUUGCUCUAGCAAGUGGGGCUUCUCUGCUUAUAGUGCCUAACCCAAUUAAGAUGAUGCCACAGGAAUUGUCUGAGGCUCUCUUUCAGCGCCAUAGUGUGUCUGUAUUACAGGCCACACCAACACUUCUGAGAAGAUUUGGAGCUGAGCGCAUUAAAUCUACUGUUCUAUCUAGCAAUACUUCAUUGAGAAUCUUAGCUCUUGGUGGAGAAGGAUUCCCUGGACUGAAUUUGUUGAGAAGCUGCAAAGGAAAGGGAAACAAAACACAGAUAUUUAAUAUCUAUGGUAUUACAGAAGUCUCCUGUUGGGCCACAUGCUACAAGGUUCCUGAAGACGUUUUUAGUUCUGAUCAUCGUCUUGAUUCCCUUGUACCACUGGGAACCCCACUGUCUGAAACAACAGUUGAAGUCAAAGACGCCAGUGGUUCUACCAUUCUGGAAGGUGAAGGUCAAGUAUUUAUAGGAGGGCAAGAACGUGUUUGUUUCCUUGAUGAUGAAGUCACUCUGCCUGUAGGCACAAUGAGAGCAACUGGAGACUUUGUAAGAGUCAAGGGUGCUGAAAUGUUUUUCUUGGGGCGAAAAGACAAUCAAAUUAAGCGACAUGGCAAGCGUCUCAAUAUUGAAUAUGUACAGCAGAUAACAGAAGGCUACUGUCAAGUAGAAACAUGCGCUGUUAUCUGGUAUCAACAGGAAAAAUUAAUUCUGUUUGUUGUGCCCAGAGGCAUUUUAGUAAGAAAAGACCUUUUUAAGAAACUCCAGGAAAGUCUCCCUAGCCAUGCAGUCCCAGAUGAGCUUUUACUGAUUGACAUUUUGCCCUUCACAUCUCAUGGGAAAAUCGAUGUGUCUGAGCUGAACAAGAUUUACAGCAGCCAUCUGAGCUCCAGAAGGUGUGACAGGAAGCUAAGCAAGAAAGAGCUGUGGGAGAGACUGCAGUGCUUAUGGAAGUCUCUCCUGAAUCUUCCGGAUGAUUCCAGUAGCAUUUCAAAAGAUUCAUUGUUUUUGUACAGUGGUGGAAAUUCUCUAACAUCAUUACAGUUCUAUGGUGAUAUUGAAAAUAUGGUAGGUAGGACUAUCCCUGGCCUUCUGGAAAUUAUUUUCAGUGGCUCCAUUGGUGAAGUCUACAACCAUGUUCUAAAAACAGCUUUUCCAAGUGAGGACCAAAAUUUAGCCUGCAACUACUCUGCAAAAAGAAAAUGGAAUGAAUGCAGUGGAGAGGAACCCAGUAGAAAGUGUAUGGAACCAGAAUCUGGAACUUCCUCACAAGCUGAGGCAGACAUCAUUGGAUUUAUUGCAAUAAGCAGAGGAAACGGUUGGUUCUCUACAGAUGAACUCCUGAUAAACCAGAGCAAUACUGGCCAGGGAGGAAUAAAGCAAAGACAGCUGGUAGCUUUUUCACCUCUUGCAUCUUCUAAUGAGAUGAAAAGUGAGGAUGAAGGGAGUAAAAUUUUGAAGAGUAAACAUGGUGAAUCAGUUGCCAAAAAUGUAAACAUAACAGAACGUGUUUCUGUUAAAAAAAUUCCCACACAAGAGAACCUUGGAGCAACUGAAAAAUUGACAUUACACAUAAGAUGGAAGUCAAACCUGGGCAAGUGUGUAGAUGCGUCUCCACUAGUUGUGAUACCAGCCACUGACGAAUUACCUGCUUCAGUAUAUGUUGGAUCUCACUCUCACAUGAUUCAAGCAAUUGACCUCUAUUCAGGGAAAGUCAGGUGGGAAAGAAACCUUUCAGAUCGUAUUGAAUCCUCUGCUUGUGUAUCAAAGUGUGGACAUUUCAUCAUUGUUGGAUGUUAUAAUGGGUUGGUAUAUAUACUCAGAAGCAGUAACGGGGAAAUACACUGGACAUUUACCACUGAGGAUGCAGUGAAAAGUUCUGCAGCUCUGGAUCCUUCUACAGGGCUAGUCUUCAUUGGAUCUCAUGACCAACAUGUGUAUGCCUUAGAUAUUUAUAAGGAGGAGUGUGUCUGGAAGUUCCACUGUGAAGGUGGAGCUGUGUUUUCCUCUCCUCACCUAAAUCUGGUGCCACAUCACCUGUACAUUGCUACACUUGGAGGACUGCUGCUAGCUGUACAUCCAGUUACAGGGACUCCAAUCUGGAAAGUCUUUUGUGGAAAGCCUGUAUUCUCCUCACCACAUUGCAACAAGGACUAUGUAUGUGUUGGAUGUGUGGAUGGAAACUUGUAUUGCUUUAGUCACUUUGGAGAAAAGGUUUGGCAGUUUCCCACCAAUGGACCAAUUUUUUCAUCACCAUGUAUUCCAAGUUUUACCAAAGAAGUAUUCUUCGGUUCCCAUGAUUACUUUACUUACUGUUGUAAUUUGGAAGGUAACUUAUUGUGGAAAUUUGAAACCACAUCAACAGUGUAUGCAACACCAUUUGUUUUCCAUAGUCAUAAUUUGGAGGACAAAACACUUCUGGCAGUAGUAUCUACAGACGGCAAAAUAUGGAUCUUGAACACCACGACUGGUUUGAUAGAAGGUGCAGAGAAACUUCCUGGAGAAGUAUUUUCUUCUCCUAUAGUGUGGGGAUCAAUGCUGAUUGUUGGCUGUAGAAACAACUAUGUUUAUUGUUUAGAUUUGUAUGUAUCUAAAAACAAUAAAACUCUCUAAAGUUUGCAAUGGACAA